GAACUAAAGGAUGCUGCACAAGGGAAGAGUCGCCUGAGACUCCAGUAUGCUAACCUUUCCCACAAGGCACUGCAGUAUGAGCAGGUAAAAGCAGACUAUGAUCGACUCAGCCACAUCCUUACCAUAGUGACCAAAGAACGUGAUUUGGCCGUGAAGGAGAAACACCAGCUCCAAGCCAAACUGGAGAAUCUAGAGCAGGUCCUAAAGCAUAUGCGAGAGGCCGCGGAACGGCGGCAACAGUUGGAAUUAGAGCAUGAGCAAGCCUUGGCCGUUCUCAACGCGAAGCAGCGGGAAAUUGAACUCCUGCAGAAGUCCAAGGUUCGAGAGCUGGAAGAGAAAUGUCGGACCCAAAGUGAGCAGUUCAACCUCCUGUCUAGGGAGCUGGAGAAGUUUCGGCAGCAGGCGGGGAAGAUUGAUCUGUUGAGCAGUAACUCUGUGGUGUCUUUGGAUAUUCCGGGAUCCCCUAACAAGCCCUUCACCCACUUUAUGAAUGGAAUAGCCGCCUCCUUUGGCAAAGGUCAGGACAGUACUUCUGGAAGUCAUUCUGUGAUUGCUGAAUUUAUUCGACCCCGACCACUCUCCAGUGACAAACCUGAACCACUGUCUGUCAAACCUACUUUCCUAUCCAGGUCAAGAUCUGGCAGCCCAGGAUGCAGAUUUGAAUCAGACAUGGAUAAUGAACGGAAUUCCAAUACCUCAAAGCAGAAAUAUUCGGGGAAGGUUCAUCUGUGUGUUGCCCGCUACAGUUACAACCCCUUUGAUGGACCAAAUGAAAAUCCGGAAGCCGAACUCCCCCUCACAGCAGGAAAAUACCUCUAUGUAUAUGGUGACAUGGACGAAGAUGGAUUCUAUGAAGGAGAACUACUAGAUGGACAGAGAGGACUGGUCCCUUCCAACUUUGUGGAUUUUGUCCAGGAUAAUGAAUCCCGUUUGUCCAACACGGUGGGGAGUGAACAGGAUCAGAAUUUCAUCAACCAUUCUGGUGUGGGCUUGGAAGGAGAAAGCAUCCUAGAUCUGCAUUCGCCCACCCAAGGAGACUCCAGCAUCAUCAACAAUGGGGCUGGGACGCUGGAUGUGAACAUUGACGAGAUUGGAGAAGACAUUGUGCCUUACCCUAGACGAAUCACCCUUAUCAAACAACUAGCCAAAAGUGUUAUUGUGGGCUGGGACCCCCCGGCUGUGCCACCAGGAUGGGGGACAGUGAUCAGCUACAAUGUCCUUGUUGACAACGAGACCCGCAUGAAUCUCACCCUGGGAAGCAGAACUAAAGCCCUGAUCGAAAAGCUGAACAUUGCAGCCUGCACGUACCGGAUCUCCGUGCAGAGCAUCACGAGCCGGGGGAACUCGGAUGAGCUCCAGUGUACCCUGCUUGUGGGCAAGGAUGUUAUUGUGGCCCCUUCCCACUUACGGGUGGACCACAUCACUCAGAUCUCAGCUGAGCUCUCCUGGCUCCCAACCAACAGCAAUUACAGCCACAUUAUCUUUCUCAAUGAGGAGGAGUUCGACAUUGUCAAGGCGGCAAGGUAUAAGUAUCAGUUUUUUAACCUGAAGCCCAACAUGGCUUACAAAGUGAAGGUUUUGGCGAAACCCCACCAGAUGCCAUGGCAGCUUCCUCUGGAGCAAAGAGAAAAGAAGGAGGCCUUUGUGGAGUUUUCUACUCUGCCAGCAGGUCCUCCAGCUCCACCUCAAGACGUCACCAUUCAAGCCGGGACAACUCCAGCAACCAUACAGGUCUCCUGGAAACCACCAACUCUCACACCCACUGGGAUGUCCAAUGGAGCAAAUGUGUCUGGCUAUGGUGUUUAUGCAAAAGGGCAGAGGGUGGCUGAAGUCAUCUUCCCGACAGCUGACAGCACAACGGUGGAGCUGAUCCGCAUCCGGAACCUGGAAGCCAAGGAGGUGACCGUGAGAACACUUUCCACCCAAGGUGAAUCCAUGGACUCCUUAACAGCUGCCAUUCCACCCGACCUACUGGUGCCUCCAACCCCACACCCUCGAACUACUCCCAAACCUAAGCCAUUAGCAAGUGCCGGAGCCCCAGAUACCAAAGACGAACAGUUGGGUCCCCAUAUCAAAAUGGAUGAGUCUUGGGAGCAGACUCGCUCGGCUGCUCCCACACACAGCCACAUGCUGGAACCUCCGGCAUCCAAUUUUCCGAGCUCGGCUCCUGGGAGGCGGUCACCCUCACCCAAUCGGAUUCUCCCACAGCCGCAGGGCGCCCCAGUCCCCAACACUGUGGCUAAAGCCAUGGCCCGGGAAGCCGCACAACGGAUGGCAGAGAGCAAUCGAUUGGAGAAAAGGAGUCUGUUCGAGGACAGGAGCAGGGCUGGGCAUUAUGCAAACUCUGACGAGGAAGAAGAGGAUGGCUAUGACUCACCAGACAUCAAAAGGAGAGGAGCUUCUGUGGAUGAUUUUCUGAAGGGUUCUGAGCUGGGCAAACAGUCACACUAUGGUCAUGGAGAGGAAUAUCACACAGAGAGCAGCCGGGGCUCCGACCUGUCUGACAUCAUGGAAGAAGAUGAGGAGGAACUGUAUUCAGAAAUGCAGCUGGAGGAUGGGGGCAGGAGGCGGUCCAGUGGAACCCCGCACAACACACUUAAGCUUUUAGGAAAUCCAGCGUCUGCCGGACGGACUGAUAGGGUGGAUCACCCGGGUCGAAGGUUGUCACACGGCAGUGCUGGACCUCAGAGGCCCCGGCCAAUGAUGGUCCCUUCCAUUGAAAUUACAAUGGACAGUAACAGUGAAGGCGGUCGGUCUCGGUCAGGUAGUGAGGGAAAUAUCCCCUCUGUAAAAGAAGAAGCUUAUUGUCGCGGCAUGGGUGGACACAGAAUACGGCAUCUGCAUCGUGCCAUGACCCCUGACCUUAGAUACGAUGGGUACUGCAGCCGGGAUCGACUGUCUCCAGAUCUAUAUGAGGAGUCUGAAACAGACCCCGGCGCCGAGGACCUUUCAGUCCGAAUAUUUGUCGCUCUCUUUGACUAUGAUCCACAUACGAUGUCUCCCAAUCCUGAUGGGGCAGAAGAAGAGUUACCAUUUAAGGAAGGACAGAUCAUUAAGGUUUAUGGAGACAAAGAUGCUGAUGGCUUCUAUCGUGGGGAAACCUGUGCCCGACUCGGCCUUAUACCUUGUAACAUGGUCUCAGAAAUCCAAGCUGAUGAUGAAGAAAUGAUGGACCAGCUCCUUAAACAAGGCUUUCUCCCUCUGAAUACCCCUGUGGAAAAAAUAGUCAACUGUGAUCGUUUCAAAGAGAGCGCUCUCUCUGUACACCGCAGAUCCCGAAAGUCUAAAAGAGAGAGGAACAGACGGAGUGGCCGGCAGCACCCUGUGUCUACAAGAAGAAUGGUCGCUCUCUACGAUUAUGACCCAAGAGAAAGCUCUCCUAACGUUGAUGUAGAGGCAGAACUGACAUUUUGUACAGGAGACAUCAUUACUGUGUUUGGUGAAAUUGACGAAGAUGGAUUUUACUACGGAGAGCUCAAUGGACAAAAGGGCCUGGUUCCUUCAAACUUUCUGGAAGAAGUGCCUGAUGACGUCGAAGUCUACCUUUCGGAUACACCAUCCCGUUAUUCUCAAGAUGUCCCAAUGCGUACCAAGGCUAAAAGGGUUCCUCCUGAGAAUACAGGUACGUCAAGGAGAGCACCAUCCCCCACAGUCCAUCUCCAUUCUGGGUCACCUCCGUCAUCUAUGGGUUCUGGUAGUCCUGGGAGAGGCAGGGAAAGGGCCUCGAAAAAGAAAAAGGGUCUGCUUUCCAAAGGGAAGAAACUUCUGAGAAAACUGGGUGCAGUGAAGUGAUCAUGUACUUCUGGACGACUUAUAACACCUGGCCUAUGUAAUUUCCUUUCAUCCCAAACUAGGGCUUUCAUGACUCACUAAAGGACUUUCUAAAACCAUCUCCUUUUUUCCCCUUCCUUUCUGACACCAGUAGGGGAAAAAUGCAAUUUUGCACUAUGGUCUACUUUGACUGCAAGAGUAAAGUGGGCCUGUUUUUCUUUCCAACUCAUUGUUGCCAAUCUGCUCUGAUUUUCCAAAGUAUGAUUUGUGGGGGAGGGGGGAACCAUUAAUCAACAGGUGGAUGAACAGCUACUGGGGUAGCCCACUCCCCACCUACAAUAUCUCAUCUUUCUGCAUUUGUUACCUGCCCUUAAAGGGAUGACUUUCAAGUUUCUCUUUUUCCAAAUGCUUGCCUCAUGAUGCGUAAAUGUCACUUAACUAUGGUCUUGAAAUUCCUAGUUUAUUCAGCCUUGAUGUUCUGCCUUAUAAAAUGCACAGUGAUUUGUACUGUCUAGUAAAUAUACAGUGUAUACUUUGUAUGUGUUCUACAUUCAAAUGUCUUCAUUCUCAUUGAAACACGAGUUUGAAAUCAAAUAACCUAUUACUGGUUCCAUUUAAUGUCUGUAAUUUGGGAAAAAAAAGAAAAAGGAAAAAGAGAAGUUAUUCCAUUUUGAUUUUGUUUUAGACAUUGGCCUGAGUUCACAGAUUGGGGAAAAAAAGAACUCCACAUACACUUAAUUAUAAAGUUGUCAUGCCCUAGCAAAACACUCUAUAAAACCUACUUUGGGCUACUUUCCUCCAUGUAAUGUCUGAGUCCUUCAACCUAUUGCAAAGCAAGCAUUUUUGCCCCUUCCGUGUUCUUCCGUAGCUGUGCAAGUUUUGGUUCAAUCAUUUUUCAUUUUAUUGAUGUCAGUGUGAAAUACACGGAAAUGGGCUUGUCAGUGAGGUGUCAUGUGUGCAUGUGUGUCAAAAACACUACACCAGGCACAAAAGGCACAAGGAAGGCAUCCUAGAAUUCUGAGCCCCACCUGCUUCCAUGCCCAUUUUUCAGUAUUGGCAUCUGCUGAACAAAAGCGGUCUUACCAGUUGCUGGCCAAUCUAUUUGGCAGUAACUCUUUUGUAACUCUUGUCCCCUUGAAAAUUGUUUUUACUGUUUAUACAUACUUUUCAGACUGCCUUUCUUUUGUAAUUUAUGAAAGGUUUAUAAAUGAUCAAAGCUUCCCCCCAUUGUGUCUUCAAAGAACUCGACUGUAAAUUAUUGUAAAAAAAGCGAUUAUUUGUGUGUGCUAGAUGUAUGAAAUUCAAGACAACUACUGGCCUAAACUUGUGGUUAAACAUUGUGUGGGUGUGUGCAUGUG